CACACAGACCCUUAUUAGCUCUGUGCAGCAAUGGCUGACCGGAAAGACGAAAUGUCCUCAAUUUCCGGCCACUCCGGUCUUCCUCCGACAAUCAACCCUAAACAGAACAAGUACGCUUUCGUCUGUGCAACCAUGACUUCCAUGGCUUCGGUCUUACUCGGCUACGAUGUUGGUGUAAUGAGUGGAGCGGUGAUUUUUAUUCAAAAGGAUUUCGGGAUCUCUGACGUGAAGGUGGAAAUUCUUCUUGGAAUUAUAAGCCUUUACUCGAUGGUAGGUGCCGUCGUCGCUGGCAGAACUUCCGAUUGGAUCGGCCGCCGUUACACUAUGGGCCUCGCUGCUGCAUUCUUCUUUCUCGGAGCUGUUCUUAUGGGCUUGGCUACCGACUACUCGUUCCUCAUGUUCGGCCGGUUCUUUGCCGGUGUCGGCAUUGGGUUUGCCGGAUUGAUUGCUUCUAUUUAUACGGCUGAGAUUUCUCCGGCGGCCUCUCGCGGUUGCUUUACCUCAUUUCCGGAGGUCCCAUCUCUAUCAACUUUGCACCUUUUCAUUAAUUUCGGGAUAUUGCUAGGUUAUGUUUCGAAUUUUGCCUUCUCCAAGCUCCCAACUCACUUAAGUUGGCGAUUCAUGCUAGGAAUCGGCGUAAUUCCCUCGGCCAUCUUAGUAAUAAUCGUCCUUAUAGUGCCAGAAUCGCCAAGUUGGCUUGUAAUGAAAGGCCGAAUCGCCGAAGCCAAACGAGUCCUCGAAAAAACAUCGGUUUCUAUCGAAGAAUCUCAACAAAGACUUGCUGACAUCAAAAUCGCCAUAGGCAUUCCUCCAAACUUCUGUGGUACAGACGACGUCGAUGCUGCCAUUUCAGUCUCAAACCAAAGCACCCGACGUGAAAAUGUCUGGAAAGAACUCUUCCUCCAUCCGACUCCGUCAGUGCGCCACAUCUUGAUCGCCGCCAUCGGACUCCAUUUCUUCCAACAAGCCUCUGGCAACGACGGCGUUGUUCUUUACAGCCCAAGAAUUUUCGAGAAGGCCGGAAUCACGUCAUCCGAUCACAAAUUACUUGCCACGGUUGCCGUCGGAAUCAUCAAAACCACCUUCAUCUUAGUUGCUACAUUCCUCCUCGACCGAAUUGGACGACGUCCAUUGAUCCUCAUUAGCGUUGCUGGCCAGACGUUUUCACUCGCUAUCCUAGGGUUCAGUCUGACAAUUAUUAAUAACUCGCACGUGAAAGUCACGUGGGCUAUAAUCCUAUGUAUAACUAUGCUACUAUGUGACGUGUCAUUUUUCUCCUUAGGACUCGGCCCUAUGACAUCAGUUUACACAUCAGAGAUAUUUCCAUUGAGACUACGUGCUUCAGGAGUGAGCUUGGCUAUAAUCGUUAACAGAGUUACGAGUGGGGUUGUCACAAUGACGUUUUUAUCCCUGUACCACGCGCUUACCAUUGGCGGUGCAUUUUUCCUGUAUGCCGGGAUUGCCGCGGUGGGUUGGCUAUUUUUCUUUGUGGUCUUCCCGGAGACGAGAGGUCAUAAUUUGGAGGAUGUCGAAGGGCUUUUUGGUAACUUCCUUUGGAGCUUGAAGAAAAAUAAGGGUAGAGCAAUGGAAGUGGAACUAGAAGGAUGAAUGAUGAAGAUUUGGG